AUGGCACAAUCAUCAAAACAAACUCGUCCUCUCUACUUCUGGAGAGAAACAGAUCCCAAAACAGGCUGGCUCUCACAAUGGUACUUUUGCCCCUUCAAAGACGACAAAAACCCAGCCAUUGUCUACGAAACCGCCGAACACUACAUGAUGUAUCAAAAAGCAAUCCUCUUCAGCGACCACCCCUCCGCAACCAACAUCCUCAAACGCGGCCUCCACCCCCGCAAAAUCAAAGCCCUCGGCCGUAAAGUCAACAACUUCUCCGAGGAAACAUGGAACGCACACCGCGAAGCCAUCGUGCGACGCGGCAACUACCUAAAAUUCACAAAUGCUGUAACAGAAGAAGGUUUUUACCUCGGCGCAACGGGCAAUGUUCCGCUUGUUGGGGGGUCUUUGAAGGAGACGCUGCUGGCGACGGGGGAGAGGGAGCUCGUGGAGGCGAGCCCGUUUGAUGCUGUUUGGGGGGUUGGCUUCAAGGAGGCGGAUGCGGAUGGGAGUAGGGAGUAUUGGGGGUUGAAUUUGCUGGGUAGGGCGUUGAUGGAUGUGAGGGAUGUGCUGAGACAAGAGAAGCAGGAGAAUCGUGGUUGA